GGCCGUGCAGCUGCCGCCGCCGCCUCCCGAGCCUGCUUACCCGGCUGUCCGCCUGCAGCAUGAGCGGCCUGCGCGUCUACAGCACGUCGGUCACCGGCUCCCGCGAAAUCAAGUCCCAGCAGAGCGAGGUGACUCGUGUCCUGGACGGAAAGCGCAUCCAGUACCAGCUAGUGGACAUCUCCCAGGACAACGCCCUGCGGGACGAGAUGCGGGCCCUGGCGGGCAACCCCAAGGCCACCCCACCGCAGAUUGUCAAUGAGGACCAGUAUUGUGGGGACUAUGAGCUCUUUGUGGAGGCUGUGGAGCAGAACACGCUGCAGGAGUUCCUGAAGCUGGCCUGAGGCUCUCCCGGACUUGGUCCCCAUGUCCUCCCCACAGCCCUCACCUGGCUCCGAGGACCGUGUGACCAAGCUGUCUGACAUUCCUAACCUUUUGGCCUUGGAGUCCCUCUCCCUCACCCUGGCCUCCCUUCCUUGCUCCAAGGCUGUCUCAGAAACUGUCUUAAGCAACAGCCCCAGUGCUGGCGGUUCUAGCCAGUCCUUGGGGCCGCCACCUGCCUGCCUGGCACUGACGGGGCACUUCUGCUGGUUCCCUCAGCCAGGGCUCUGCCAAAGGCCCCACAGUCCCUUUCCCAGGAGCACCCUGGAGACAAUUAAAUGCCCCCUAAUAGUGAAAAAAAAAAAAAAA